AUGGGGGCAUGGAGGCGGUAUUUCUGGGAUGAUAUGGCUUUCGCCAGUAGAUCUCAUCCGGAAAUGGGCUUCGAAGCUGUAUAUCUAUCGAGUGUUGACUUUGGUGCCAAGGAACUCGCUGACUACCAUGUUCCACAUCAUACCCAGGAACAUGUAGACUACAUCAUCUCUGGCAUUAAGCUCUUUGCCCCCGUCAAAAGAAGUCUAUCGAGGAACGGAUUCCGCGACAUCUCCAUCCAGCCCGACUCCAAGGCCGAUCUUCCAUCUCUGUGGCCGGUGACCUCUCGAAGUGCGACCAGUGGACUACUCCUGCCUGUAUUAAAGCUUUUCACAAAGUUCCCGAGACUCCUGGCUACCCCGACGGAAGACCACGAUCUCGAUAGUUUCUUCUCAAACCUCACCUCGAUAAUUCCCAACGGCACGCAUCCAAAUCUCGCCUCCAUUGACGGGGGAACAGCUCCCACUGAUACUUGGGACGGAGGCGGAGAAUCAGCCCUUGGUCUCACUCUCGCUUAUCCCCUCUUCAACACUUUUCUCGACGCUCUAGACGGAUCUUACUGCAGCUACUCGGCCUUUGGAGAGACUGGGAACGACCCGCAACUUGACCCUGUAAAUCCCAACACGAUCGAUAUUGAGGGUGCCUACAAGGGAGAUCUCAUGUGUGGUGUUUACCAACUCAAGAUAUCCUCUGAUCUUUGGGAGCUAUUCACGAAACUCGGACUCCAAGGCGUCUCACUGCCAUGCGCCUCGGGAGACAGCAGUGUCGGGGGCCCUAGGUCAUCGGACAGAGAAAUGUGUCUGGGCCCAAAGAACACGAUCUUCAAGCCUGCGUGGCCCAAAAACUGCCCGUACAUCACCAACGUCGGGUCCACCAAGGCUCUACCCAAACCACACAGUCCACGAGCCCGAAGCAGCCUGCAACGGAGCCCCAAGACCAGCCGUACAGCGUGGCCUAUUCCCCCCGGCGCUGGCUCCAGCAACCUCUACCCGGCGCCCGACGACCAGAAGAGGGCGCUCGCCACCUACUUCCGCAAGCACGACCCCUGGUACAGAUGCUAG